GCUGAAUAAAAAAUUAGGGAUUCCCAUUCUUACCUGCUCAAUUGUGAAUUUUAAAAAUUUCAACCUCCCGAGUCACAAACACAGCACAAAAAUCAAUGGAUUCCGUUGCAGAAUCAUCAAAAAAUAGAAAACGCCUUCGGGAAGAAGAACAACAACAAAAAGAAGAGAUCGAAGCUGAAGAAACGAGCUCUACCGAUCAAACUCUCUCACUCGUGGACAGUCUCACGUUUAGCGAUACAAUGGUGGCUCUUCGCAUAAUGCGAGCUCAGUUUCCACAUAUCGACAAGGUGUCGAUUCAGCCUUUCAUUUUACAUUCACAAUUGUACAGCAGUGUAAAGGACAGAACACAAGUCGAUAGGGAAUUAGAGUCCUUGAGGAGAGAGAAGGUAUUGCGUGUUUUCAAACUUAAUACUGGACAAGAUGACCAUGCUAUAAUGUUUUUGGAUGAUUAUUUAACCCAGGUAGAUCGUGUUGUGAAAAGAAUGGAAGAAAAGAAGCAACGUAAUCUUGAAGUUUUUGAGUGGUUUAAAACACAUGUUAUUGAUAACAAGCAGGAUCCUAGUAUUGACCAUCAAGAGCUCCGCUUACUCUUGUCACAUGGUGGAAAGGUGAAGGACGAGCACAUCUCUCUUUUAAUCAAUGCUGGUCUUCUUACUCGCCAACUGAUUGAUCCCAACAUGUACUGGUUUGCAAUUCCAAAUAUUGGUUCAAUGCUCAAGGGCCUUUCUCAGGGAAGGAAGGAGCUCUUAUCUCUUAUAAACCGACAGAGAUAUAAAGAAAUGAUGCUGGCCUGUUUGGAGAAGAAGCGUCUUCGACUGUCUCUGCUUGAUAUGAGAUUUCACCUUCGUGACCUGAUUGGCUCAGGUCACCUUAAAACUGUCAACACACCAACUGGAUUACUUGUUCGGGUUUCAAAGGAUUAAAACUCCAGACUUCACCGAUUCCAUAUGGAUUCAUAUGAUGUCAAUCUUGGAUGAGGUUUAGUUCUCUGAAAUCUGAAUCUUUCAAUUGUCAGCUUUCUGUUUCGGUUAUAUUCUGCUGAUGAUGGGUAGGAAUUGCUCCCCGGUUCAAAGUGACAACAAAAUAAGAAAAAGGAUUGAGAAAUCACUUGCAUCAUCAUACAAUUGAAUUCUAGAUGAUGCAGAGUUUCUUCUCCACCAGGUCUUUACUUAUUUCCUAUUAUUCUGCAUCUGUUAUGUUAUUCAAGAUGUAACUUUUCCAUGAUUAAUUGAAUCAAGUUAAUACAAUAUACCUUCAUGCAGUAGCAUGGGUCUGUGCAAGGUCUGCUCAUCAUCUAUUUUACAACUUGAUGCGCUGAUAGCUUUGGCUUCACUAUCCUUAUUGUGAUGAAAAUCAGAUGAGCUGCCCUUUAACCACUGUCGCAUUGUUAUGCAGAAUACAAUAUGAGAGAGCAAUUGAAUUAUUUGAAUUACUGUUA